AUGGCCCAUCUUAAGCUGCGUGAUUUCAGCAAGGCAAUCGAGUUUGCGGACAAUGCCUUGAAAAGAGAUCCGACCAACACAAGGGCGCUCUACAGGAAGUCAAUGGCACUUUUUGAGACAUUGGACUUUUCAGAAGCGGCUGAAUCGCUGCAAAAGCUUUUGGAGAUUGAGCCUGGAAACCUUGCCGCCCAGGAUCUUUUGCAAAAAGCAAAACGCAAUCAGGCGAAAGGGGAGUUGAGAGCAAAAAAAAUGUCUCAGAAGAUGUUUGGCUCCACGCCAAAGCAGGUGGACGGCAUCAGCGCCUUGGGGCGAUUGCGGCAAAUAUGCUGCCGUCGAGCGAAACGAGACUGA